UGACAACUCCCUUGCAAAACCUUCUCUCCUCACGUUCUACUUGAAUGGACUUCGGUCACAGUCGCGUAACUAUGCUUCAAGGGUAGUAUACACGUACAGCAGCUGUUCAACCGCACCGUACACCCCCGAAAACGAUGAGAAAACCACCGCCGGUGACGAACCCGACAUGUAUGACCUUUAUCGCGUGAAGACUUCCGAAUCUAGCUCCGCCGACGACCUCUCCCGCUCGCUCUCAAACACGGUGAUAAGCAACAUACAUCCGGACCAUAAAGAUGGGAUCAUCACUGCGCUGCUUAUGCGUGAUUCCCUCAAUCUUGCCCUAGAACACUUCAACCAUAAGGAGGCCGGGACGGGGGCACCUACACGCUCGAAAGAUGAUCCUGAAGUUCAAGAACUGGCGAAGAAGCACUACCACAGCAUGGCUGCGAGCAUGUUGACGGCAGGCAUUACAUCUUCCAACAUCCAUCAUGAUGAGAAGCUGCGCGGACAAUACGCACAAGCCUAUGAUUCGGUUGCCAAAGAUCACAUUGCGACUCUGGCGGAAGGAGGUCCGUCCCUGUUGAAAUCUAGUAGUGCUCUGACUCUUGCCAGUCAAGGUUUUAGGGCUCAGCGGCAGCAUGAUGCACCUCGGCCGCAAAUUGGCUAUGUCCAGCCUCAAAACUUCAAGCACCUCCCGUCUCUGGUGCAGCCGCUUGUUGAUGAGAACCAUCCCAUAUUCAGAAACGCCCUCAGCACUCAUGGUAUUAUCCUUGUUGAGGCGAUCGGUAAAGGAGGGUAUGGUACCGUUUUCAAAGCUGUGCAUCCGCUGGAUGGAGGGUUCUACGCUAUAAAGCAAAUUCCACUGAGCCCGGCAAGGAUGGAAGGUAUUCGCAAGCGGGGCAAGGCAGAGUUGGACGCUCUCUUUGUGGAGGUGCGAACUAUGCAACGUUUUGACCACCCCAAUAUUGUGCGCUACCACAACGCUUGGCUCGAAUCACUAUCCCUUGACUCACUCGCCAAAGUUAAGAAGCAGCAGAAACUACUCGAAGGCGUUACUGCGACUUCAUCAGAAGCUGAGUCUGACUCGAGUGGCCCAAGCCAGUCGAGCAAUGGGAUCGAGCCUUCGUUAGGGUUAAGCAACAAUUUCUCGGAUCUUUCAGACAAUGUCGUUUUCGGCGAUGAUACAAGUGUCAGUGUCAGUGUCAGCACAUCUAUUCCAAAGCGAUUGCGCAAGCGAAGUGAGAGCCACGGCACCCUUUCUUCCUCGUUGUCUAAAAAGAGCACCGUCCACAGCAUUGGGUCAGACAUUGAAGACGAGGACAUCGAGACAAUUCCGCGCAACCUCUCGGAAAUUGAAAAACAACGCGACCUAUCACUCUCCCACAACAUUCUUUUCGAGGAGAGCCAAUCUGAUAAUCGCAGCGCCACGUCCAUGGAAGAAGAGCCUCCUGCGGACAACCUGCAUCUGGUUCUACACAUCCAAAUGGCCCUUUAUGAUUUGACCCUUGCCGAUUAUAUUUCUUCUGCUCCUGGCGCACGCGUCGAUGGUACCUUGAGUCUACGCCACUGUUUUCAUACGAAGAUGUCGCUCGAGAUCUUACUGGCAGUCCUUGAUGGCGUUGAAUAUCUCCACGCACAAGGGGUUGUCCACCGUGAUUUGAAGCCAGCGAACAUUUUCCUAUCCCCAGUGGUAGACAAGUAUCGGCACAAGGACCGCGUGGCUCUGGAAAAAUGCCAUGGAUGCAUCAAGGCAGGAAGCAAGAGGAUCCAUCAGCUUGGCGUGAAAAUAGGCGAUUUCGGCUUGGUGACUGCGAUUGCUCGCCCGGACACUGAAUCCCAGCAUGGUCGUGUCAGGGCCGUUGGAACUGAGUUUUAUCGUCCUCCAUCCGCCCCUGCUCAGCCCAACGAGAAACUUGAUGUUUAUGCUCUGGGUGUGAUUACUUUUGAACUGCUUUGGAAGUUCGAUACCAGAAUGGAGCGUGCGCACGUCCUGCAAGACCUCAAACGCGGAAAACUUCCUGUAACAUUCGAGGAAAGGAUGGACUUCGCUGGGGAUCGACUUGCAAAGUGCAUCAAGGGGAUGGUCCACUGGGACGAGGCGCAGCGACUAACUCUCACAGAAGCGCAGCAUGAGUUUGAGGCUAUAUUGCGUGCAGCAGAGCCUUAGGCCUUUAUAAGGGACAAUGUACCACAAGUUCUGUCCCAGAGUUCGGAAAGAGACUCAUCAGACAAGUCAUUUUGAUAUUUCUGAGGUCUCUUAUAACAGCUUCGGGACUUUCGGAACUCCAUAGUGGCAACAACGUCAAAGUAACAUUCGUAGUUCAUCUUCUCCACUCCUCCGUUUUACAAUAUACCCAGAAAUCGCAUUGCACGAUUGAUCGCGCCAGGAAGAGUACCAUCGCUAGGUUAGAUCGUCACAACGACCAAGUCUAUGACAUGGCGAUUCAAUUCAGACCAUAACACGGAACACGAUCGAACAUUUGAAGAUAGACCCAGAUGUUUGAAUUAUUGUGCAGCAUGAGGUUCUAACUAGUUUUUUGAACUCUAACUUUGCUGCCUAUUCAUUCCAAUAGGUAUGCUAAUUGUUG